UUUAAGAAAGAAAAAUUUUAAAAACAUGAUCGGCACAUUUCUAUGUAAAAUAAAAACACUUGACUGAACUUAUUCUUGUUACCAAUCAUGGCUGCUAUUUAUGGGGAUAUGAUGUUUAAUAUUGAUAAUGGUUAUUUGGAAGGUUUAGUAAGAGGCUUUCGUUCUGGGAUUCUUGCGAGAGCAGAUUAUUUAAAUCUUGUUCAAUGUGAAACCUUAGAAGAUUUGAAGUUGCACUUACAGGGAACGGACUAUGGCAACUUUUUGGCAAAUGAAGCAGGCCCAUUAACUGUUCCUGUUAUAGAUGAAAAACUUAGGGAAAAGUUAGUAAUAGAGUUUGAGCAUGUUCGAAAUCAAGCUGUAGAGCCGUUAGCAAAAUUUUUAGAUUUUAUAACUUACAGCUACAUGAUUGACAAUAUCAUUCUUUUAAUCACGGGAACUUUACAUCAGCGAUCCAUUAAUGAACUUUUACCGAAAUGUCAUCCAUUAGGAAAGUUUCCAGAAAUGACCUCAAUCAAUAUUGCUUCAACACCUGCUGAACUAUACAAUGCUGUACUUGUUGAUACACCAUUAGCUCCUUUUUUUGUUGACUGUAUUUCUGAACAAGACCUGGAUGAAAUGAAUAUUGAAAUCAUACGAAAUUCUUUAUAUAAGUCAUAUUUGGGAGCAUUUUACAAUUUUUGUAAAAGUCUUGGCGGAGCAAAUGAAGAAGUUAUGAGCUCAAUAUUACAAUUUGAAGCGGAUCGCAGAGCUAUGAUGAUUACCAUCAAUUCAUUUGGUACUGAACUUAAUAAAGAUGAUCGUGCUAAAUUAUACCCCACUUGUGGUAGACUAGCUCCUGAUGGAUUAGCUAAACUUGCACGAGCUGAAGACUACGAUCAAGUUCGACAAGUUGCUGAUUGUUAUGGUGAAUAUCAAUCAUUGUUUGAUGGCACUGGUACAAACCCUGGAGACAAAACUCUGGAAGACAAGUUUUUUGAAUACGAGGUAAAACUAAAUGUGCUUGCUUUCAUGAGACAAUUUCAAUUUGGAAUUUUUUAUGCCUACGUAAAACUAAAGGAACAAGAAUGUCGCAAUAUUGUUUGGAUUGCAGAAUGUAUAUCCCAACGAAACAAGUCUAAAAUUGAUGCUUAUAUCAAUAUUUUCAACUAAUCAGCUUCUUUGUUAGUGUUAAAGAAUUUCUUAUCGAUAUUCGUCUGUGCGUUCUAUUCAAUGUUUUUGAUGAAUAGUUUUCAAUGAAUUUGACUGUGUGUUCUACCUGAUGUUUAAAAUUAAUAUUUUGUUAGUCCUGUUUUUUCUAAAUUUGUUGUUAUCAUCGUUAGUUGUUUUUUAGUUUUAUUACCUAGUUUCACGUUAUUUAUUCUCAAAUACAAGUCAUCUUCAUUUUUUUAUUAAUUUUAAUUUUGGCCAAAUUUUUUAUAUUAUGUUAUUAACAGAACACGAUAUUAAUAGCGUUGUAAUUAUUUUUAUAUAUUAAAUUUGCAAUAGAGGUAAUAUUCCAUAUUUUCAA